UUAGGCAUGAAAUAUACAUAUUCACAAGAUAAUUGGAACAAUAAUGACGGAUCAAACAGUAAAAUACGUAUCCACAGCACGCAUAUUGCUGCUCGGCGAGGCAGGUGUUGGUAAGUCGCGACUAACAGAUCUAUUGGCCAGAAGCAUUGACACGCCCACGCACUCCAGCAGGAGCGUCGGCAACCUAUGGUGGAGUGUGCAAGUGCGCUUGCACGAGUAUCCAUCCAAUAAGGACAUGCCGCCCACACCCGAGUGGACAUCGUCCUCGUCGCCCAGCUCAUCGUCGCACAGUUCCGAGCCGUUUGACUCGUUUAAGGGGUUUCGUAGCCGGGCGGCAAGCGCAUGCGAGAUGAUUCCAUAUUUUGUGGAAUUCUAUGAUCUAAAGAGAUCCAUGCGAAUGCCGCGCGAGCAUAGGAACCGCCUCUUCCGGAACAUCGAUGGCAUUAUAUUAGUGUACGAUCUGUUAGAUAUGCGCACACACGACAAUCUGCACGACUUGCUGUACCAGCCCUUGCGCCAGAUCUGCCGAUAUCGGCACAACCGCCUGCGUCCCAUAUUGAGGCGUCGCCACGUGCCCAUCCUAGUGGUGGGCACCAAAUUGGAUAUGUUGAAAUCGCGUCGGCUGCGCCGCUCGGGCGGCAUUGCCGACCAAUUGAGCACAGAUGAGAUAUUGCUCAACUGCUUGGACACCGACAGCUUUGCGGAGAAAUCGCGUAACGAAGCCAAGUUACGCAAAUUUCUCAACAAUGCCAUCGACUUCAAACAUUUUUUUCCAGCUAAACGUAACUGAAUUUACAUAUGCUAUUAUCUGUAUAUUUUGUACAUUUCACUUUUGUAGUUUUAAUUUGAAUAAGCUGUAUUUAUUUCUC